AAUUGACUUACAAAAUUAUUUUUCCCGAAUUUUCAACUUUAUUUUUCGUCCAUCAUCACCUUUUUUUUUCUUGCAAAAAACCCUAAUUUCACCAACUCUCUCAAGAAAUUUUGAAAGCACAAUAAAAAUUAGCAAUACAUAUUUUCUUUCCAUUUUCAUAAAAUUAUUUUGUUUUUUUAAAGCUCUGUUCUUUCUUUUGCAGUAACAGAGUAUCAGUUAGUCAUUAGUUUUCCAGUGCACAUGGUCAGAUGAUCUUUCUGUAGAUACAAUUAAGUCUAGCAUUUGCAGAUUUCUGAGUUUGUACUUUUCUUGGUAUUUUUUUGCUUGUAUUAGCAUUUGAAAAAAGAUUGUAUUUUUAUUAUAUUUGUUAUUAUGGGGUUUUGAGUUCUUGAAAAACAAAUAUAUUUUUGCUGUUUUGGGAGCUUAUGUUAUUUGGAGUUGUCUUCAGGGUUUAAGGGGUUUUGAGUUCUUGAAAAAAAAACCAUUUUUUGCUGUUUUGGGGGAUUAAGUGAUUUGGAGUUGUCUUCAGGGUUUAAGGGGGCUUGAGUUAUUUGGGGUUUAAGGGGUUUUGGUUGUUUUAUUAUUGUGUAUAUGCAUGGAGGAGAAAGAAGGAGUUAAUGGUUCAGGGGUUACAGUUAAAGGUGAUGAAGCUCCAGAGAGCUACAGAGUGGCUCCCAGGAGUGAAAGUAAUAAUAUUGAGUUUAGUGGAUCCAUUGUAGCAACAACACCUGUAAAUGUGACAGAAGAGACGAAGAAGAAGAGGGGUAGACCUAGGAAAUAUGGACCAGAUGGUAAACCAGCAGUUGCAUUAUCACCAAUGCCAAUAUCAGCUUCAAUUCCUCUUGCUGGAGAUUUUUCAGCUUGGAAAAACAGCGGAAGUCGCCCCGUUGAUUCCUUUAAGAAGAAGAAUAAGUUUGAGGUUGGAGCUCCAGGGGAGGGGAUGGCAUACUCUGUCGGUGCAAGUGCAAAUUUUACACCGCAUGUGAUCACUGUUAAUGCUGGGGAGGAUGUGAACAUGAAAAUAAUUUCAUUUGCUCAGCAAGGAUCUAGAGCUAUUUGUGUGCUGGCUGCAAAUGGUGCAAUUUCAAAUGUUACACUCCGUCAGCCUAAUUCUUCUGGUGGUACCUUGACCUACGAGGGUCAUUUUGAAAUUCUCUCUCUGACAGGAUCAUUCAUGCCUAGUGAUAAUGGAGUAACAAAAAGCAGAUCUGGUGGGAUGAGUGUCUCUCUUUCAGGACCUGAUGGUCGGGUUAUGGGAGGAGGACUUGCCGGCAUGUUGGUAGCUGCUGGUCCCAUUCAGAUUGUGGUUGGUAGCUUUCUACCUGGUCAACAGCUGGAGCAGAAGCCAAAGAAGCAAAGAGUCGAGCGUGCUGCUAUUCCUGCCCCUCCCAUUUCUGAAGAACGAACUGACGUUGCUUCCUCUGGAACAAGUCCCCGAGUUGCUGCUUCGAUUUCCUUUCCUGGGGAUAACUUGAUCACUUCAAAUUCUAUAUACAGCUCAAGAAUCUCAGCGUCACAAAACAACAUAUCUUUGCCUGGAACGGUAUCUAAAGAGCAGAGCCUGUCAUCCUGAUUGAACUGAUCGUUGCAACCUUAUUGCUAAUUGUUAGCCUCAUGAUCCCUUUAUCUGAUGAAUAUUAAGAAGUAAUUGACUUUGAUAGGAUUUAGUAGGGCAUAAUUUUGUGUUUAGCUUAACCUAGAAGUACUUCACUCUUGUUAUAGGUGCCACAAGAUAGGAAUUUUCUACCAGUAGGAGCUGUUAUGAACUAUCACAUUUUUUCUGAUUGACUUAAAUCUUAAUGCUGAUGUACCGCUCAGUCUUUGGAGUAAA